CCGAAGUAAAAUCGGAUUGGACGCUUCGAUGGAAACUAGACCAUCGAGUAUCUUCUGAUCGAGGAGACGGAAGAAGAGGUUAUAGGUGAUAUAAGUGCUAAAAGAAAAGAAGUAAUCAUGUUGAAAUUACGCCUGGUCAUUAAUGUGCCGAAAGUUAUAAGACGUAGCUUCGGUACUAACAUCCCUGUCUUACAAAAAGCAAGUGAUCCCAUACAACAGCUCUUUAUUGACAAAAUUCGGGAAUAUAAAUCGAAAAGCGCAGGUGGCAAAAUGAUUGACGCCAGCCCAGAAAUCCUUAAGGAACGAGAAUCUGAAUUAGAGAAAAUUCAUACGCAAUUUGGUAGCAAGGGAAGAGACAUGACGCAAUUUCCUCAGUUUCAAUUCACAGAUCCACCUGUGGAAAUUGGUAUUGAUAAUAAGUAAAUAUGUCGAUAUAUAUCAUAGAACAUUCAUGUAUUGAUGGUUAAACCAUUAAAUAUUAGAUAAUUAAUCGCAAAGAAUACACAUACCAUUACAAGGGUUA